AUGGAGCCCAGCGCAUCAUCCAGCAAGGACUUUGGCGCGAGCAGAGACGAAGAGAAGCACGAAGAAGGCCGCGCGAGCAAUUCAGACGACAACGAGUCAACCAGCCCUGCAACCGAAACCGAUCUGGAGAAGCAGGAAACAGCACAGGAACCGAUACGCUCACCAUCUCAAAGCCGCCACGAGCGCAAACGCUCAGCCUCGCGCUCCCGAUCACAAUCCUGGCCACCUCUUGCACGCCUUGUCUCCCACAUCUCUCUGAGGAGAAAUCGGAGCCAGCCUGGUGAACCAGCUUUCCAAGUGAAGUUCGACGACAAUGAUCCCGCGAACCCGCGAGGCUGGUCGAAUGGCUACAAGGCUUGGAUCACUGUGCAACUCGGCUUUCUCGCACUCGUUGGCUCCAUUGGCAGCUCAAUCAUAUCACCCGCGCAACCCAUCAUCUCGGAAUAUGUUGGCGUCAGUGAGGAAGUCACAGUACUCGUCGUAGCACUGUAUGUGCUCGGUUUUGCUGUUGGACCAUCAGCGUGGGCGCCAAUCUCAGAAGUUUACGGGCGCAAGUGGUCAAUACUUCCUGCCAUCGCAGUACUUGGUCUAUUCAGCAUCGGCACCGCUACGAGCAAGAACGCUGCAAGUGUCUUCGUCACGCGUUUCUUUGGCGGCGUUUGUGGCUCGGCUCCCAUUUCCAACGUAUCGGCGGCAUUAGGAGACAUGUACGAGCCAAAAGCCAGAGGAAUUGCCAUGACUUUCUACGCAAUCAUGGUGGUUGGUGGCCCAACCCUGGGUCCUACUGUGGGCGCAGCAUUGACUGCCAACCGUAACUUGGGCUGGCGAUGGACUCAAUACAUCGAGGCGAUCUUUGCAUUUGCCAUGGUUGUAUUGACUCUGAUCUGUCUGCCAGAGCUCUAUGCUCCCGUCAUUCUCAAACGAAAGGCUGUGAAACUACGCAAAGACACAGGAGAUGACAGAUACUGGCAUCCUCAUGAAGCUGAACGCAUGACUUUGAGCAACAUCCUGACCAAAUACUUUGCACGUCCGCUACGCAUGUUGCUUACAGAGCCCAUGGUGGCGUGCAUUGCGUGUUACGCCUCGUACGUGUAUGCUAUCCUCUACACGACUUUGCAAGUCUUUCCGAUCGUCUUUCGAGAAGAUCGCGGAUGGGGUUUGAUUGUCGCGACUACGCCAUUUCUCGGUCUCUUCGUUGGCGUUCUCUUCGCUGUGGGCAUCAAUCUAGCCAAUCAGUCAUAUUACGCAAGAGAGGUCGCAAAGAACAAAGGUAGAGCUGCGCCUGAAGCUCGACUGCCACCCAUGCUGGUAGGCGGCAUUCUGUUCAGCGGUGGGCUGUUCUGGUUCGGGUGGACCGCGGACCCCAAGUACCACUGGAGUCUGCCCAUCGUUGCCACAGCUUUCAUCGGAGCUGGUUUCAACACAAUUUUCCAGCAAUGUCUCAACUACCUUGUGGAUGUCUACGGAUUGUAUGCUGCUUCAGCGACUAGCGCAAAUACAAUCCUGCGAUCACUCCUUGCGUGCGGGCUGCCGUUGGCCGCGAAGCCAAUGUUCCAUGGCUUGGGUGUUGGGCCUGCUACGAGCAUCCUAGGUGGUAUCUCGUGUUUGGCACUGCCUGUUCCUAUUAUCUUCAUGAAAAUCGGUCUUCGACUCAGAAAGAAGUCCAAAUUUGCACCUGUGCUAGAAGACUGAAGCAAACUUUCCAACGUGAGGAAGGCCUCCUGCUGGGUCAUACGUCUGCCCGCAAUCUUUGGUCACGAUUGUAUGGCUCGACUACGACCAAUUUUUGCACUUGAUCUGGAACCGUCUGCCUCCUGCGAUACGAAUACGCUUCUUGCCAGCGCCGUCUGGUAGAACCAACACACCGGUUAUGCCCUUCGGCGCACGGGCUCUC